CCACAUUCCGGCGAUCGAGGAGAACUCGCGCGGACGACUCGCGUGCGCGCGGCACGUCGGUGAUCGGGAAACCGUGAACUUGCACGUUAGAAUUUGUGCACGGCUUCCCCGCCGCGCGAGGGAAAACGCGCCUCGACGGCAACGGCGACGAUGACGGCGGUGAGUGCGUUCGCGGCUCAAGGUCUUCACGAACUUUCCGCCGAACCGGUUUCCAGCCGACGACAUUAGACAUACGUGACUUUCCUCCUCCGUGAGUGCGCGAGCGUGAACUUCCGCGAGGUCGAACCGCCACGGCUCUCGCAAGCGAGCUCGCCGCGAAUCGGGUUUAGCGCCGGCAAGGAACUCGAUAAGGAAGAGAAACCGCCCUGAAUCCCGAAAGGUGCUGCACGCAACCGAGCCCCGGUCGACCAGCCUCCGGGGGACCAUGAGCAGGUCCUGAUCGCCGAGACCAGUCGUGGGCCGCGAAGGGAUGGACGCGGCAGGUCGACGCCAUCAGCAGGAGAAGAAUCACAGACCCGAGUAUCGAUAAUAAGAGCGGGAGAUUGACCAUCGGUCAACCGGACAGGAUUGCCCAUCUAGAUCUUCGCGUCUCCUCGUCACCGCGAUUGGACCUGGAGGAUGAGCAUCGCGGCCAUCGCCCGCAAGAACUGGGCGCUGCGCCUCUCGGUGGUGCUGAACGUGUGCGUGCUGCUGUACGUGUGUGCCCACAUCGGCUCGUCCGGGCCGUGGAUCGAGGAACCGCCGACCAACUGGGCGGCGGCGGCGCCGCUCCAGUCGGACACCUACGGCGGCGCCUUAAACGACCUCGUCAACGGCACCCAGAAGGUCGGCGCCGCCGCGUCGUCCUCCUCAUCCUCGGCCGCGGUCGUCGGCGCCACCAAUAAUGCGGCGCCGACAAACAACGGCGCCGGCCGUCCUCCCAGGAUCAGCCUCGUCACCACGACGCCUCCCAACGGAGUCAAGGCCGAGGUCCUCGACAAGCCGCAGGAGCACCGUAAUCAGACGAUGAGGAACGGCACGACGAGCAUCGCGCGCGAACCGAUGAGCCUGAGGGACGCCGUGCCCUGCCACGAGAAGUCGACCGAGCCGAGGCGGGCGCAGCGCGGCGAUUACUGGGUGCUGUACAAUUACGUGCCGAUGAGCAUGGCGGUGAGAUGCUGGGAGAGCGUGACAUACACCACGCACGCCGACUACACGUUCCUCGACAAUCUGGAGCCGCUGCUGGAGCGCUGGCGGGCGCCGAUAUCGAUCGCCAUGCACGCACCCGGCACCGACUUCCCGGCGACCCUCGACGCCAUCAGGUACUCGAGGAACUGUGGCAGCCCCCUGGUCCCGCAGCUAGUGACCUUUCACGUCUUCUUCAGCAGCAAACACGUGCCAAAAGUGAUACCGCCGUCGGAGAAGAUCGCCUCCGACACGUACAACUGCUCGCUCGGGGCGCCAUGGGUGAACGUCAGCCUCGCGAAGAUGUACAAAAACGAGAAGAAGCUGCUGUACCCGGUAAACGUGGGCCGCAACAUAGCGCGCGAGUCCGCGCCCACCUUCUACGUGUUCCCCAGCGACAUCGAGCUGUAUCCCAGCCCGAACCUGCCCGUCAAGUUCCUCGAGAUGAUCCGCAAGCGGGAUCAGCCGGCUCUCUACAAGCCCAAUCCCAAGGUCUUCGUGCUGUCCAUCUUCGAGGUGGACGAGAAGAAUCAGCCGCCUAACAAUAAGACGCGCCUGAUACAGAUGCUGAAAGCGGGCACCGCCAUACCCUUUCAUAAGAAAUUAUGCUCCGGCUGCCAUAACGUGCCGAAAAGUAAAGAAUGGCAGGAAGCUCCAGAGACGGAGGACCUGCAUGUGUUUCACGUCGGCAAGAGGACUGGCAGCUUCGUACACUGGGAGCCGAUCUUUAUCGGGACCAAUAACGAUCCUUUUUACGACGAAAGGCUCAGUUGGGAGGGAAAGAGCGAUAAAAUGACGCAGGGUUACGCGCUCUGCGUUCUCGAUUAUGACUUUCUCAUCCUGGACAAUGCCUUCCUGGUGCAUCGGCCCGGCAUCAAGAUCUUCAAGAAGGAUCCGCAUCGCGAUAUGCUCACCGCCAAGACGAACGCGCUUAUCAAAAAGAUCAUCAUGCCGGAGUUGAAGGUGUUGUAUGGCACGAGGAAGGGCUGCGCCGUGUAGCCCGUGGAGUCACGGGCACGACGGUGCGUGCUUUACAGAUGCUCAUCCAUACGAUGGAAUCAUCUGCGACCCUCCCUGUCGUCUGCAUCGUCGUCGUCGUCCUCGUCGUCGAGUUUCGUCGCGCAGCAACAAAUCGCCCGGAUUCGCAGCAAGCUGCGAUUCGCUCUGGGACCCCGGGAUCGUGUUCACGUGCGCGUCGUCCGACCCCCUCGCGAGUGGGACCCGAAAAAAAUUCGCUGCGAUUCGUAGAGAACACUUCCCCUUCUCUCGAAUUAUCGCCAACUCAACGGUGCCGAACGAACAAAUUAUCGCAUAAGUACUCGGUGAGUUUAGAGUAACAACAUUGUUUCACGGACGCGUCGUGCUCGCGUGUGAUAAGCGCGUCGCUUCGCUAUCGCGAUCAUCAUCGAUCAUCGUUGCCAUCACUCUUAUCAUUAGCAGCGUCGGUACUAGUGUCUUACGGGAAACGUCGAGGCAACGUGAAGAGACAAGGAUUGCACGAAAGAAGUAAUGUACGUCGCAAUGUUCAAAUAUCCUCUCGGUGGUAAUUCUCUAGUUUUCGUAAAAAGAUACCUAGUGCAUAGGUAAGGAGUCGUACCACGUAUUGUUUUUGGAUACGGUUAUAUUUUUAGACACCUGUGCGUGCAGGUGCAGGUAUAAAGUAAUACUGUGUAGAUAGACAGUAAAACGUAUCUCUUUGAGUACUUAAAAUUAGAAAAUGCUACAUUCGCUCGCGUGACUGCCGAAACUCAGUGACCGUAUUGUUUUCUUUUGGUAUGUAAGAAUUAAUUGUAUUUAUGUAAAAUGUUCCUUGGUUCUUUUUCUUCAUAAAUAUAUACGACGUCGCUUCUUA